AUGGGUGCAAUGUCCCUUCCUUCAGAGAUCCCUGAGACUCAAACCGUGGCUCUCGUCCGCGAGCUCGGAGGCAGCGUCGAGUUUCUUGACAAUUAUCCUGUCCCGACUCCCGGGCCAAAUGAGGUGUUAGCUAAGGUGCUCUACACGGGCGUCUGUCAAAGUGACCUGCACACGAAAAACGGCACGGCAGCCGGCGCUGACGGCAAUCCGAUCACAAAUAUCAAAUUGCCGCAUGUUGGAGGACAUGAAGGGGUGGGCCGAAUUGUGUCACUAGGUCCCAACACCGGUCCUGAAUUGAAGGUCGGUGGGCUCGUCGGUAUCCGCUUCUCCAGUCGGAUUUGUAGGAGGUGUGAGUUCUGCUUGGCCGGCACGGAACAGCAUUGCAUCAAGGGUACGAACCACCUGCACCAUGAAGACGGCAGUUUCCAGGAGUACAUCGCCCUGGAUGCCGACUACCUGACAAUACUGCCUGAUGAUGUGGAUCCCAAGGUCAUCGGGCCGGUAUUGUGUGCUGGAGUGACAGCCUACAAGGCAGUCCUCAACGCGAACAUCCGGGCCGGCAACUGGUUGGUCGUAGUAGGUGCUGGAGGUGGUCUCGGCCACUUGGCUGUCCAAUAUGCCAAGGCACAAGGGGCAUUGGUAAUUGGCGUCGACGCCGGCGACAAGCGGGGUUUUGUUCUCAACUUAGGAGCCACAGAGUACAUCGACUUCACUUCGACGGAUCCCGUGCAAAGGGUUCAUGAAAUCACAGGCCUCGGUGCGCAUGCCGUAGUUGUGACUGCAGGAAGUGCUAAAGCCUUCGCCCAUGCUUGUGAUAUGCUACGGGUUGGAGGCAGUCUGAGCUGCGUUGGAAUCCCGCCAGGCCGCCCAGUGCUGGAAACCCCAAUCUGCACCAUCGUGAUCAAAGGACUCCGUGUUACUGGUAACCUGAUCGGCUCCCUGAAAGAGUGUAUGGAGGCGGUGGACUUGGUCCGGCGUGGGGUGGUAAAACCAGAGAUCAAGGUCCGGUCAUUCAAGGAGUUGCCUCAAGUGUACGAGGACAUGGAGAAGGGUGAUAUUGCAGGCAGAAUCGUGCUUCAGGUCUCAGAGUAAUUUACUCAAGUCCAAGCAAGCAGUCAGUCAAUUUCACAUCUUCUGAACCAUCAAAUGCAUUCAUCGAAUCGAUCCUCAUAGAGUAUCCACUGCGGAUCGGUAUACUGUUCAGGCGAGUCCGAAUGCUCUUCUACUUCGUGAGCGAUAUCUUCAUCGU